AUGAGAUCGUUUGCAGCUCCAACAACAAUCAGCAUCGAUACAAAGACUUUGGAAUCAAAUAGUAGCUACAAUGGCAGUAAUCCCGAGAAUAACUUUUUAGAAGCUCUGAGAUUGCGUCUACAGUUUAUGGAAUGGCCAGUCACUCAUACAAUUAUUGUUGGAUUGGCUAUUUUGGAUUUUUUGAUUUGUGAAUUAUCUUUGCUGGAGACCUUGUUUGAUACAGCAUCACCUUCUUUUGUCAGUACCACGAAACAAAUGGUCUAUCUCUUAGCAACAGACUCUCAGGCCUUUACUAUGAUGCGUAUGAUAUUAUUUUGGUCAUCCAUGACAAUCAGAAUGGUUUUUUUGAUUGAGCUUUUUUUGCGCGUGCUAUCUCGCACUCCAUCAGCCAUGUACAAUAGCAGUUUUGAGCUACUCGAUGGAUUGAUCAUUAUCUUACUAUUUUCGUUGAAAUUUGGGUUGUACUCUCGCGAUGCCUUUGUUGCAGACCUUAUAGUUGUAGUCCGAAUCGGUAGAAUAUACAAAGUGUUUCAUAUAUUCAAUCUACAAAUGCAUAGUCAGUUCGAAAAUGAAAAAAACGAACUGAUUAAUGCUUGGCAAAUGCAGAUGAACGAAAAGGAAAAACGAACGACAGCCGCAUUCACGUAA